GUUAUUAAAGAGAUUUCUUAUAUCCCCCAAGGAAAAAAAGAGGGGACACCUCUUGUUGAUUUUGUUUUCUUUUGAAAGCAUUAAUGAUACGAGUAUCAUAUUCCUCUAAUCUGAGCCGUCAUUUAUGGUAGAACGACUAGAACACACCGAUUCAGAUGUUUCAAAUUCGAAGGGCAGGGUGAACGCUUGGACUUGGACCUAUGGAAACCUGCUCUGCUCGCGACAGGGAGGCAAAAACGCGAAACGUUUUCACCAACACGGCUAUCUGUCUUCUGUCCCAUCCCAUUCCAAAGCGAAUAGAGGGGAAGGUGGGGGCGGGAGGCAAUCGGAGGGCGAGGGCCGAGGAGGAGUCAAAAGGCUUCUCCAGUUGAGCGGCGGGAUGCCGGUAACGCGUAGGCGCGCCGCCGUGGCGGCGGUGGCGCAGGAGGAGGGGCGCGAUGCGGCGAUCUACAUAUCCUCUGAUUCCGAUGCGGGGUCAGACCCGGAGGAUUCAGAAUCCGAGGAAGAGGAGGAUACUAGCGAUGAGGACUUCAUCGACGUCAGCGACAGCGAGGCCGAUGAUGGGGAAAGCAGCGACGAGGAAGGCGAGGAGGAUUCGGAGUCGGAGGCUGAGGCUGAGGCUGAGCAAUUGGGCGCGGAUCGGAGCGAGGUUGCCUGCAACAAAAUUGCUGGUCUUCUAAGCAGUGGGAGGAGUCUGGAGGGUUUAAAGUUGGCGGAGUACAAGGUGUAUUUAAAGAAGAAUGGUCUUAGCCAAACUGGGGGCAUGGACACUUGUGUAGACAGAAUAGUACUCCAUUGGAGGUUCAAAGAUGCGGAUCCAAGGAGAAUUUAUCCUCGGUCAUCCUUUUGUAUCAACUGUAAAGGUGAUGUUUGUAGGGGCGAUGCCGUUCUAUUCAAACAGAAGGUGUACGAGAAGAGUGGAAAAAGGCAUGCAAAAUGUAUAGGUAAUCGUAUAGUAGCCGGCAAAGUCAUCAAGGAAAGUUAUGGUAAACAAAAACAGCAACACACUUUCACGAUUCAAGUGUUUUGGAGCAAAGGACCUGGGAAAUUACCACCUUUGCAUCUGUUGCUUGUCAAAGGGCGCAACCUAUACAGAAUGAUGACUUUUCGUCAGCCUUGGGCAAAUGAAGCAGAAAGGCUGAAGAUUCUAGAAGAGAAGCACAACAGAGGGGAUGAUGCAAGGCGUGUUCGUGCAUUGAAUAGACCUAAUUCUGCUGGAAACAGUAAUUUCACACAUCUCUUAAAGGCAAGAAAAAAUUGCACAAGGAAAAGCACAAGUCUCGAUCUGAAAGACCUCACCGCCAAUCUAAUAUCACCGAACUGGAUAAAGGCAAAAAACGACCUGCACAAUCCUCCAAGUCCGAUCUGCCUAAUAAAAGAUCUAAGAAAGAAGGGUCCCAAGUUCCUUCUAGGAAAAAGGAUACUGGUGGUAGGAUGGCAAAGAAAAAUGGUCCCUGCCAAGAUAAGAGCAUUUGUACUGGCCAGAACAGCUCUCUAUGCAAAGACAAUAGGGAGAAGCACAGUCAUGCUACCUUUCAGAAAAAGUGUCACGCUGAACCUCUCAACAACGGUCCAUCUGGUUCUGGGUGGAACAGAACUGCUGGCGGACACAGCCAAUUCGAAGGAAGACACAUAACUCCAGCUUCUCACGUCGAGGCAAAUCAUGGAAAUUUUGUUUCUGUACAGCAUCCUUGCGUCGAGAGGCUUCAACGGCCUACUCAAUCGCGUGAAGUUGCUCUGGCUCACCCCGGCGGCGGCCAUCCAUACGUACUGUCCAGCGCUGCAAUGGGCCUCCGACAUCAAAAUGGAGCAACGGCCGGUGUGCACGCACCGGCAUAUUUCAGGGGACUUCCACUCAGUCAACAGAGGGCAGCAUUUCCUUCGGCCAGCACGCCGCAAACUGGGUACCAUCCUCAUCCAGAAGAAUUAUUUGUUGCGCCACACUUCAGAUAUCCUAGAGGGAGUGCUGGUUUCCGCCGAUAAGACAGUCUGGUUGGCGCCUGCUGCAUUUUGGUAACUGCAUUGGUGGUAAGACAUGCGGUCUUCGGCUUAUUUUCAUUGAUGCCAUUUCGUUGCCAUGACUCAUGAGCAAGGAGUAUUUGAGUCUUACCUAAUGUGCAGAGAGGCCAGAACUUUGUUUCAUCUUGAGAUAAAGCUUCCUUCGUAUAUAAGAAAAAGGAAGAUCCUCACCUCAAUUGAAGGACUUGAUUUUCUUUGCUUUUUUUGGGGGGCAGGAUGUGAUGGAAAAACAGUGUUACCAUCGAGUCGCAUAAUCAGGGCUCUGCGUGCUUCAGACGGGGGAAGGGUUUAAUACAAACAUGAAUGCUGCUUUUUUUUGUCGAUCUGAGUCCUUAGCUGCAAGAUUGACGCGAGACAUCGGCUUCCAAUAUAUGUACACCAAUGGUUUCUGGAA